AUGGUGAGCGAUGGCUUAGGUUUGGCGUCAGCGAAGCCCAGACUCGUGUCUAACCGCCCGUCGGGAGAUGCCGCCCACCUCGUGCUUGCACCCCCCGCCCUACCGCUUCAGGCCCGUCGCCUUCUGCUCGCUCGUCAGCGAUACGGCCAUCUCCACUUUUCUCUAUCCUUGCAAUCUUGCCGCGCACGAACGCGCAUCGGUGAAUCGCGUUGA